AUGCAGGAACCGCGGAAUAGAUGCGGCGUCAUCACUUUGAUGUACUCAUGGGCGUACCUCCCAGGCGUGUUGGCCCUGGGACAUCAGCUACAGCGCGCCCUGGAAAACUCCGGGCAUGGGUUUCGGACCUGCGUGCUUGUCGCGAAAGGGCUGCUCGAGCAGAAAGACGCAUCAAAGCAGAUCCUGCUUUCAGUGCUUGAAUCGCUUUACCAAGAGGUUAUUGCUGUCGACCCUGCUUCAACUUGCUCCGAUUCUUUACUCAAGCUCAACAAGGGGAACCUAGAGCUUUUACACAGGCCCGAGUUAGCGUUCACGUUCAUGAAGCUCGAGCUUUGGCGACUUCAGCAGUUUGAGAGAGUUGUAUAUCUAGACUGCGACACGCUCCUCGUCAGCGAUGCAUUCUGGGACAUACUAGACGUCACUAAGAACCAAAAACGCAACGAGGUUGGCGCUGUUCCCGACUGCGGCUGGCCCGACAUGUUCAACAGCGGAGUGCUAACAAUUGUGCCCGACCUAGAAAUUUAUGCCGAGCUCGCAGAGUACGUGAUGAGCACAAUCUCGGUAGAUGGGGCGGACCAGGGCGUCUUGAACCAGUAUUUUAAUCCUAACUGCAGGUUCGGAUCUCGCCAGAGCACCAUUGGCGGGGAGAACGGCUGGAUCCGUCUGCCCUUCACGUACAACGUCACGGUGCCAAAUGCAGGAUACCAAAAUGCGCCCGCGGUUCAUUUCUUUCGUUCCCAAAUCAAGCUCGUACACUUCAUAGGAAGGGACAAACCGUGGAUCACGCGAUCGCAGGCCUCGGACCGUACCAACGACAGUUACCGUGACAAAUGGUGGCAGGUUUAUAACGAGUUUCUCCGGAAGCAGACCUCUGAGGAGCCCCUCGGGCCAGUUGCUGACCAUCCUGGCGAUGCUAUACAGACUGGCUCUGAUGCUUCAAAAGUGUCUGUCAAAAAUCCAGGAACCCCUCCUCGGCCACUAAUUGCAUGCCAAGAGGCGCUGGAGACGUCCCAGCAGGCACCCAGGACCUUUCCAGCAGCCGCAGAAGGGACUGGUCAGGCGCCAGAACCAAAUACGGCAGCUCCGCUUAAUCCACAAGCUAGAAAGGAAAUCCCGUUAAGCGCUCCAGCGAUCCAACCUGUAACUGAUGCUGAUCGCGGCGCGCAUAUCCAAGCAGCGCUCAACGCUUUACUCGGAACAUCUCCAACGCGCGCGCUGACCGAGGACCCUUCCACCGACCCAUCAGAAACCACGGGCUCAAAUGCCCAUCAGGAGCUAACUCCUUCCGCCUGGGACGCUACAAAGAGUCCACCUCCACGCGAUGGGCCCGCAGAAGCCCCAAACUUCAGCUUUGACACUGACUAUCACUGGAGCGAAAGCGCAACGCUUCUUGAGGAUGACCUGCCCAAACUAAAGCUUGGCCCCAAGCCAGUAUUCCCUUGGGAGCUCUAUCCCGAUGCUCCAGAGGUUCAGCGAGUCUUCCCUGAUUAG